CGGUGCAUGAAAAUUGGCAAUUAGUGGCCAAACAAUGCAACCAUUCCUUUUUAUUUAAUUUCAAAACCACCAAUUGGUAUUUUUCCAUGCAUGAACACGUAUGGUGAUGAUGGUUAGAUAAUGAUAACUAAAAGGUCACAACCUUUGGCAUGGACACAUUCCAGAUAAUGCCAACUUUUGGCAUAAUGCAACUACCUUAUAAUUGAAAGGUCACAACAUUUCUGUUUGACCCGGGAAAGUCCCCAAUGUUAAUAUAGUAACUGUGGAGCUCUGAUAUGGACUCCCUCGUUCGAUCUUUUUGGGAGGCAAGGAAUCUGAGAGGAGGGGGCGGCCCCCGGGAUUUACGCUCCUACGCCCAAGUUUGUACGAUAUAGAGAAAUUAUAUGGUGUCUAGAGAGAUAGAUCAGAGAGAGACCUUUAGGGAAAGUGAGGAAGGGAAUGAGAGGAUCCUUGGCUUGGAGGGCUUGGCCUCCUUCAGUGGGCUUGUGUCCAGGACGCCAUGUGGUGGGCUUGGGCCCAUUAGUAGUCGUUUGUCGUAUUAGGCGGGUUAAUACCACACCCAACAAUUACCCCUUUGCUUCUUGUAUUCUGUAAGAAUGGAAGGAGUAACAUAAUGCAUUAAUGUGUAUUAAUUUGCCUCACUUGCUUAUCUUUCGAUAUCUUGAAUAAAAGCUCUCAAGUUGGUAAGAUUUUCUUUGCCAGUCCAUUGUUGUUAGUGUUAGUACGCCAUAACUGCAUGCUAGGUAGGGUGGCCCCCACACCUUGAGAGAUUUAACUUAAAACGCUCUUGUGUCCCACCAAUGUCGCGUCAAUGUGUGUCGGGAGUUCAUGUAUCUUGCCAAUGCCAUGCCUGUGUGAUGCUGGAUCAAGUUUUUCCUUCUUGCCGAUGUUGCCCCUACUAGGAGGCAUUCCGUCCUCUAGACUACUGGGGGUGUUCCGUCUUUUUGCCUGCUGGGAGGUGUUUUUCUUAUAACCUACCUAGCAGCGUUCCGUCUUUUAGCUUACCGAGAAGUCUGGUCUUUCUUCUUCACAGGAGCGCUCUUAGUCUUUCUAUUUCUAAGAAGUAUGUUUGUCUUCGGUUUCCUGGAAAGCGCUUUAGUCUUUCGACUUAUGAGAAGCGUGUUAGUCUUUAGACUUCUAAAAAGCGCGUUAGUCUUUCGGCAUCAUGGGAAGCGCUUUAGUCUUCGGCUAUUUUCUGGGAAGAGCAUUAGUCUUUUGACUUCAUGGGACUUAAGUAUUUUGUCUUUCUAGGAAGUGUUUUAGUCUUCGGCUUCUGAGAAGAGCUUAAGUAUUUUGGCUUUCUGGGAAGCGCUUUAGUCUUCGGAUUCUGAGAAGCGCUUGUUUUUCAUCUUGUGGGAGGCACUCUGCCUUCCAGCUUGAUGGGAGGCACUCCGUCUCUAGCCUAAUGAGAGGCGCUUCUUCUUCUAGCAUGCUGAGAUACUCUCUGUUUUGUUCUUGGGAGACGUUUCAUCGUGUUUUUAUACUGAAGGUGCUCCGUCAUCCAGUCUUAUGGGAGGCACUCCGUCUCUAGCCUCAUGAGAGGUGCUCCAUAUUCAUCUUUUUCCGGUUGGGAGGUUCUCCGUCUUCCAACCUCAUGGGGGCGCUCCGUCUUCUAGCCUGCUGGGAGGUGUGGGUCUUCAAGCCUAACGCGGAGGCUAAAGAUAUGUAUUUGAGCAACGUCCGGAGGCGAUAUGUGUUCCUCUUCAAGCCUUGCCCAGAGGCGGAACGCAUGAAUCGUUCACGGAGGGAGCAUCGCUCAGUGGCGGUUUUCGAGCCUUUCCCAAAGGCAGAAGGCAUGAAUCGUUCCUCGGAGGGAGCAUCACUCAGAAGCGGGAUGCAUUCAAAUGAGGGUGCAUCGCUCGGAGGCGGGCAGCAUUCCCAAGAGGGAGUAUCGCUCGGAGGGGAGAAGCAUUCCCCAUAGGGAGUAUCGCUCGAAGGCGGGAAGCAUUCCCCGGAAGGAGCAUCGCUCUAAGGCGGGAAACAUUUUCUGGAGGGAGCAUCGCUCGGAGGCGGGAGUAUGCAAACCUAGCCCGGAGGCCGGAGCCGUGAGUGUUCGAGUAUCCAGGAAAGACGCAAGUUGCUAGUUCCCAAUAUAUUAAAAGCAUAAAUAUAACAUAGCAUGUUGCGGAUAGAGCCUAGCAUAAUAGUAAUGAACCGCUUUGUAUCAAAACAUUGCAUUUGAGAUAUAUUUUGUAGAAAAUACUUAGCUUCGUGAUUUUUUGGAGGAAAAGCAAGUGUUAAAUUCUGAGCGUUCACAGUAGACACACAAUACAGCAUGGUAGCCUAUUGGUGAGGACCCUUGUUCUUGUUGAGUAGAGCUUGUGUUCAAAUCCUAGUAUAGGCCUUUCUUUUUUGUAAUACAAGGAUUGUUGCAGAACGAGCCAGAUGGAGGCGGUCCAUGUUAUCAACUUGGAGAAGUUUAUGCGAACGAGCUUAAUGGAGAGUCUAGACGACUGGACCCGAUGCUUUGCAGAAAGGGUGAUGAAGGUUAUGCGAGGCGGGCCGCAUUCGAAAUGACUUCUUUGCUUCUUUGUACAAAUGAUGGAAGACAAAUGCGAUUCUAUUGUUGUGGGCGCCCAGUGGUAACCAAGAUGGCCUUGUAGUAUAAUGGUAACCGUCUUUGUUUGUAUGAAAAAGAAUGUAGUUUCAAAGCUCGGCGAAGGCAUGUUCCAAUUCUUUUUUGAAAAUGAAUUCACUAUUCAUAUGUUCGGAGCACGCAAAGGACUUCUGCGUGGGGUUCGUGGGCGAGGCGGGUCAUGAUUGUAGGUGAGACCGCGUUUGGUAGAAAAUACUUAGCUUCGUGAUUUUUUGGAGGAAAAGCAAGUGUUAAAUUCUGAGCGUUCACAGUAGACACACAAUACAGCAUGGUAGCCUAUUGGUGAGGACCCUUGUUCUUGUUGAGUAGAGCUUGUGUUCAAAUCCUAGUAUAGGCCUUUCUUUUUUGUACUACAAGGAUUGUUGCAGAACGGGCCAGAUGGAGGCGGUCCAUGUUAUCAACUUGGAGAAGUUUAUGCGAACGAGCUUAAUGGAGAGUCUAGACGACUGGACCCGAUGCUUUGCAGAAAGGGUGAUGAAGGUUAUGCGAGGCGGGCCGCAUUCGAAAUGACUUCUUUGCUUCUUUGUACAAAUGAUGGAAGACAAAUGCGAUUCUAUUGUUGUGGGCGCCCAGUGGUAACCAAGAUGGCCUUGUAGUAUAAUGGUAACCGUCUUUGUUUGUGUGAAAAAGAAUGUAGUUUCAAAGCUCGGCGAAGGCAUGUUCCAAUUCUUUUUUGAAAAUGAAUUCACUAUUCAUAUGUUCGGAGCGCGCAAAGGACUUCUGCGUGGGGUUCGUGGGCGAGGAGGGUCAUGAUUGUAGGUGAGACCGCGUUUGGUGGAGCAGGUUGCACGUGGGGCGGUCCAUGCAUUGAAUUCAGAUGUGAGUCGGGCCGAGUGUGUGCAGUCUUUAUCUAGAAAUUAGAUACUAGAGGCUCACCCAAAUUGUAAGGCGUUCCAAUGAUGGCUUAGGUUCUUGCGAGGCGGCUUGUUGGAGCAUAUCAUUUGGAGGCGGACCGCUUAUGGAUGGGCCGUUGGAGGUGGGCUUUGUAAGGGUCAUGGGCUAGCGGUUAGGACGAGAGCGUCUAAGUCCUUGAACUAAAGCGCAUAAAAAGUGUGUUCGAAGUUGGAGGCAAAUGUUGUGGGCGUGUAGUUCUCUAUGGUGAAGAUUGAUCUACGGGCCCAAUGAAUGUGGGCUUUUAUUGAAGGGAUUAGCUUUGAAGCUCUCAAGUAGAGAUGGUCACGAUUGUUGCACAAGUAAUUGCUUCAAUUUACUGGAUGAACUCAUGAACAUGAACAGUUAAAUGUUGUUUCAAAGGCUGGUAUAUGUUAUUUUCUCAUUCUUUUUGCAAUUGAAGGCAUCUACAUUCUGCAGAUUGGGUCGUCAUAGGCAGGAUGGACGGACAAGAAUGAAAGGUGGGCCACAUCUGGGUCUUGUUUGGUAGAGAAGUGCCCGCGUUAUGGACGUCAUUUGACAAGCUGUAGCGUUUCUGAUGGUGAUAAUCGGCUAGUCGGAGCUAGGUUAAGCUUUGAUGAGACGUGGCAUGCUAGACGUGCGACAUUUCUGAGUUCAGAUGAAAAGUGUAGCUGGGCCCAACGUCCGAGAUUGGGCGUGCAAGAUUUUGCGAGCCAAUAAAAGCUAAUGUGAUGAGUAGCAUGCUUUGAACGCCGCGCAAGGCCUGAUGCGGUUUGGCACUAAUAGGAGGCAGACUUUUCUUUUUUACUUCUCAUCUUCUCCCUUGAGAGUUUAGUGUUUGCGGCAUCUCUUUUAAUGUACGAUCUCUUUCCUUGUGUGUUCCUUUGCAGGCAUUCUGUUUCUUCUCCCAUAACUUUUUUAUUUUCUUUAAUAGAUCAGCCGCCAAGAGCUAGCUAGCUCUACCUCCUCUUCAUCUUCAUUGGAAGCGUUCCGGUUUCACUUGUAAGUUGCAAAGCACUUGCAACGGGUGAGUUUAAGUUACAAAUCCAGGGCGAUUACCUUCUCUGGUCUACGCCUUCAACCCUUCAUUCCUUUUGUCCAACCCGCCGACCUCGAAAACUCUGCUUGUCAGUUUCUUUUUAUAGAGUGAAUGUAGCUAUCAACCACUAUGAGAGACGUAACAGGUACCCCUGGUUUGUGGGUCUGGCUACUGUAGAUGAGUAGUGGAGGAUACCUGAUGAUGUUGACCUUCCGUCUAUGCUCCGAAGACGAGCGUAACUUAGGUGGCGAUGAACCAUGAAGAUUUUCUCUUUUAGCCAAUUUAUUAUUUCUAGUCGAUUGGGCGUUGCGGCAUCUCAGAAGAAUGGCUCCCUCUCUCCGACGAGCUCCAAGAAGAGAGUAGGCUCAAUUUUUUUUCUUUGUUCUCGUUUCUUUGUUGAGAUAAUCUUUUUCGUUUUAGUUGUUGUCGAUUAUUGUGACUACGGCUCCACCGCAGAUCCACAAAUAAGAGGAGGAGUGAUUCGGGGCUAAUUGCACAUAUUUUACCCCUCAUUUCUUGAUAGUUUGCAUGUGAAUUUCAUCGUUCCUCAACAAAUUUCACGCUAGGUUUUGCUAUUUUUAAUACAUUUCAGGUCCUAGUGUGUGUGGGUAGGUCGAGGACGAGUUUUGAGACAAUUUGGGUCGAUAAAGCGCCAAAAAGAGGAGUAAAGUGAAGAACAAUCCAAUUUCACGGGCAGAGGUCAUAUGUCAAGGUCAAUAGACCUUGACAAUUGAUCACUGGGCUUGAGAAGCCAAGGUCACGGGCAGAGGUCCAAUGUCACGGUUAUAAGAUCGUGACAAUUGCUCUUUGGGUGUGACAUUGACAAGUUCCAGGGCUAUUUUCACUCUCACUAGACCAGGUGUGUUCACGAUCUGUUGACCGUGAAAAUCAGCCGUUGAUCAUGAAGUGGGACCAAAACUCAGGCAAAACGCUGCAUUUUGGUCCAAUGUCAAGGUCAGGGCUCCAAUGUGUCGUGACAUCCGACCGUGAAGAGUGACUGUCGGGCUGUAUAAAUAGAAGGAUGAUGGGAGAGAAAGCGGAGUUUUUUCUAAGAUUUUAGUUUUUAGAAUAAAGAGGGGUUUCUAGUGAGAUAUUAGUGUUUCCUUUUCCUAUUCUAGAGAGAGAAAGUGUCAUUCAAAGGAGGAAGAAGGAGAUUGGGCUUGCCCUUAGCUAGAGGAGUUAAGAUUCUUACCUCUCAAGGGAGAUUCAAGCAAGGAGGAAGGAACAGAAAUACAAACUUCAACCAUUGUUCGAGUGGUGGGUACCGUUACGAAGAUGACAAUCUCAGGAGCAUCCCAGUCUCGUCGGAAUCGAAUUUCGAUGUUGAACAAGGGAGAUACGAGUCUCGAAAGUUUGGGAUGCAAAUCGGAUAGUUCAGGUACCAUUCUUGGAAAUUCAAUAAGUUAGAGGAUUAAAUCUGUAAUUUUUCCAGAUAGGUCGUGGUCAACUGUGUUGACUGGAAAAUUACAAUUCGGCACCUGGUACUUUUAAACUGACAAAAUGUUUGUUUGGUCAUAACUCGGUCAAUUGACGUCCGAUUGAGGAACCGUCAGUGCCUAUGGAAUCAUGGGAACAAGGAGGAUUUAAUGGGAGCGAGUCAUGGAAAUUUUAGAGAAGAAUCAGAGUUGGUUUCGAAGAUUUCGAGGUGAGUUUAAAGGGGGUAAAAUCUCUGUCGAGAUCUUCUAGUUUAUUUCUUUUAAUUCAGUUAUGUUUGUUAUUUUCAAGUAAGCGCAAUUAUGUGUGUGAGGCAUCCCACCGCCUACUUAAGGUGGAGGCACGCGUUGUGCUAUGUAUGUGAUGUAUGUUUGUAUGUAAGAUAAACCCCUGGCGGUUGGGCCACUACUGGACGCGGUAGAUGGUCGGGUCACUACUGGACGACGAUACAUAACGCAGUAGUUGACCGAGCAUGGACUGGACGAUGAUAUGUAACGUAGUACCAUUUCCUUGAGGAUAGGGACAUCGGACAGCGAUACGUAACGCGGUGAUUCCCUAGUAAUAAGUAUGUGAAUUAAGAUAGAAGUACAAAACUCCUAUAAGCUAUCGAGGACUAAAAUAUUAAGGAUAGAAGUUGAGACCUUCUAUAAGAUAAGAUAGGAGUAAAGAUCUUCUAUUAGUGGUGUUGAAAUGAGUUAUUAAGGAUGAAAGUGAGAACGACUUUCAUCUAAGGAAAGGAAACGGUAAUAACGUAUUUUAGUAAGGAGGUUGCUUAGGGCAAGACCUUAGGAAGUAACAACGAGACUGACCCCUUCUCACACAUCAGGUUAAGGAGGGGUUAGCGGAGGUGGAUCCCGAGAAGAGGGAGGGCGAGGCAAGCUGUCGCACCAGCAUGGACGAGACCUCGGGGAAAACAACAAGGAGUUAGAGCUAGAUUUAGUUUAAUUAUUUUAUUCAUGAUUAUGAGUUUAUGUACUGGAGAUUCAAGGUUCAAGAUUCUGUGUUAAGUUAUUUUAUGUGUUUGAGAUUGAGAUUUUGCCCAAGUGUUGGGGCUUUUUGUUUAAAAUUCUUAAAUAAUGUCAGUUUGUGUAUUUUUAAAAUGUGGUUUUGGGUUGCUCCGGAGUAACCGGUUUUUGGUUUGAGUUAUGGUUUGGUUUUCGAAAAAGAUCAGGUCGUUACAAGAUUGUCAUCUCUUCAUGGUUAUUUCUCUCCUUUUUCUUGUUUUCCUUUGCCUAGUUAUGAAAUAGCCUACCUAUUCACUUGUGUGUUGUGAACCCUAGCUUUGAAUAUGUGAUAGAUUGUAUGGAUUGAAUGAUUUGUGUGUGGUUGUGUUUAAUGUGAAUGUGGAGGUAUUAUUCAUGAAUGAUUGUGUUGUGUGAAAGUCUAUCAAUCUAAUUGCCAUUCUAACUUAGGUAGAGAGAAAACCCCUUAUCUUUCUUUGAAAGAGGCAUUAAUGUUGGGUUUUCUUAGACAAUUCAUUGUCUCCAAGUUAGGUUAAUGCAGGGCAAACCUCCUAUUUCGUAUUAGCUCCUAGGGUUUGGUUGUGGGUGGUCGUCUGAACUCCGAUUCGAGGGUGAAGUCUAACCAAUACUUAUUCAUUAGGUCGAGAGAGUCACGUUGGUGGCUUGGAUCUAUCCCCCUUCCCUCGACCUAGAGACUGAGAGAGUGGCAUUGGCUACUUGUUACACUUCCCUACAGUUUACAACCCCCUCACAACACACGCCCAUUCAAUCCAUAAAUCGUAAUUGCUAGCUAGGGGGAGCAACACCCAGGUGAGCUCUUCUCUCAUUGGGAUAGCCUCGAUUUACUUUACUUACUUGUUUUCAUUUGUAGUUUUCUUAGUUUUAAACCCAAAAUUGUUUGAUAGAUAACAAACUAAGCGAUUGAAGUAGGGGGUACAUGGACCGACCCUGGUCGAUAUUUAAACAUACUUGCCCUGUAUUGCACCCGGCUAGAGUUUAUGCUUGAGCUCUAGUUGGAAUUUAAAAUGCGGUGUAUCUAUGGCGAGUCAGUGAGGUUGAGGUCGACGAAGACGAGUAGCUGCCGGCAACUGGUGACAAUGGUGGGAUUCACUGGAAAAGAUGAAUUGUAGCUGAUUGACCAUAGUAGGAUCCGCUUUUUUUCUUCUUUUUCUUCGUGAUUGUUGGCCGAGAUAUAGAGGGAGUUCCCAUGAAUUUCUUUGGUACUUUUGUCCGGAGGUUCUAUCUGGGUUGUACUCAUUUAUUCUUUGUUGUUGUCGAAUUAUGAUUUUGGAUCCUCGUUGCUAUUUUUUUCCAGUCGUUGCUUUCCUUUCUCUUUUCAGGCGUUGGGUCUCCUUUUCGACUUGUCUUUCUUGGUCCCUCUUUUGUUGUCACCGAUCCAUUUUCCCCUUUUGUUGAGAGUUCAGGAGGAUCUCUGAAGCAUGUGGCAGUUGCUAUGGUUAUUAAUAAUUGGUCGAGGAAGAACCCCUUUUCUCCUCCCUCAUAAAUCUAAUGAAAGAAUACCAGAAACAAAGCCCCAUGGUGGGCGCCAAUUGUUUGACCCGGGAAAGUCCCCAAGGUUAAUAUAGUAAUUAUGGAGCUCUGAUCUAGACUCCCUCGCUCGAUCUCUUCGAGAGGAAAGGAAUCUCUGAGGAGGGGGCGGCCCUGAGGAUUUACGCUUCAAUGUCCAAGUUAGUACGAUAUAGAGAAAGUAUAUGGUGUCUAGAGAGAUAGAGUAGAGAGAGACCUUUAGGGAAACUAAGGAAGAGAAUGAGAGGAUCCUUGGCUCGGAGGGUUUGGCCUCCUUAUGUAGGGUUUGGGCCUCCUUGAGUGGGCAUGUGGUGGGAUUGGGUCCAUUAGUAGUCAUUUUUCGUAUUAGGCGGGUUCAUACCACACCCAACACUUUCAAAGCACCCUUCAUCCCUUAUAAAUGGAAUGUUUUGGA